AUGCGUUUCGAUAUCGUUUCUCUUGCGGUUGGCUUCGCCGCCACUGCUUCUGCCCAAUGUGUCGGCAAUUACUUCAGUUUCUACAACCGUGCAGACAGCGCAAUGAGCUACCAGCGCCUCGACCCAGGUCUGUUCCCCGGCACUGAGAGCCCCCAUCUACACUCCUUUGACGGAGGAAACGGACUAUCCAAGUCCAUGGACUUUGCAACCACCCAAGACUCUACUUGCACCACAGCACGCGUCAAAACAGACAAGUCCCUCUACUGGCGCCCUACUCUGUACUACACCAACGGAUCCAGCUUCUACCGUGUACCUGAGAUGUCCACCAAGAUCUACUACAAGUACGGCGACGGCAACAACUGGGCAAACGUCACUGCCUACCCCCCAGGCUUCAACAUGAUCGCCGGCCAACCCAACAGGCGCGCCGACAGCGAGAACCCCGCUGGUGUCCGCUGGGGCUGCCACGAACCCGACGGUUCCUCCAACCCCAUAUUCGCAAACGGUUUCCCCAAGGGCUUCAGCACCUGCAAGUACGGCUUCGCGUCCGAAGUCACAUACCCCUCGUGCUGGAACGGCCAGUCAAUGGACCCCAAGAACCCCAAUGCACACAUGGCGUAUCCCAACGGUAACGCUGGCAUCGGCAUUGAAAAUUGCCCUACUACUCACCGUGCUGCCCGCUUCCCCACCCUCUUCAUUGAGUACUGGUGGGAUGUUUCCUCGUUCAAGUUCGGUCCCAACGAGGCUCCUUGGGUUCUUUCCAACGGCGACCCUACCGGUUACGGAUUUCACGCUGACUUUAUGAACGGCUGGGCCACAGGCGUCCUCGAAAAAGCAAUUAGCGAAAACGACGGCUGCAAAUGUGGUUGUGGCUGCGGCCAGGAACAAAUGGAGCAAUGCUUUGGUUCCGCAAACGUAAACAAGGACGACAAUAAGGACUGGGCUAGCUGCUCGGCUGCUAGUCCCCGUGAUAACGAUGCUACUAGUGUGCUUGAUGCGCUGCCGGGUUGCAACCCGUUGCAGUAUGGUCCUGCGUCUGCGACCCCGGUUUCAGGGCCUGGGUGUACUGCUGCUCCUGCUCCUGCUCCUGCUCCUGCUGCGUCUGGGAAAUCGUCGGCUUCUGCGUCAGCUUCACCCUCUGCGGCAGUGUCGGCGUCUGCAUCUGUCAAACCCAUCCUAUCAGCCAUCCUACCAACAGGAUCCUACACCGCCCUAUCGCCAAGCGCCUUCCCUUCUUUCACUGCAAAACUCCCCCAAGAACAAGCUGCCCCAGCACCAAACGGCGGCGGCUACAACGCCGUUGCGCCUAUGCCUACAAAAGCCUCUUUGCCUGAGGGAUCUUCUCCUUCGCCCUCGAUAGCUGCUGAAGAGUCGACGAAGUGUUCGAGUAAGCCGGUUGUUUAUAAGACUAUUACGCAGACGUCUACUGUUACUGUUGCUGCGAGGGCUACAGGGGGUUACUAA